AUGUUUCAAGGUGGUGAUGAAUUCCCUCAAAAUGUGGCAAGUCACCUUGAGGAAAUGGAUACAUCUGACACCCAGUGGGGCUGGUUUUACUUGGCUGAAUGUGGGAAAUGGCAUAUGUUUGAGACUGAUUCCAGUACUCACUGUUCAGUUAGCACAGAAGACAUUGAAAGGAGCUUCAAAAUGAAUCCACAGGACUCUGUUUGCUUCACAACUGCAAAAUUUACCUACAGAUUAGACUUUUCAGGGAUGAAGCAGACUAACCUAACAACUGGAAAACAACGUCCCAUAAAACGAGCUCCAUUUUCCAUCACUGCUUUCAGUUAUGUCUGUGAAAACCAGUCAAUCCCUAUACCUUCACACUGGGAGGAUGUAAACCCUGAAGAACCUUACCAGCUUAUUCCUUUGCAAAAGCAGACAAAUGAGUAUAAAGAAGUUGCUAGUCUUUUUGCGAAAACAAUGGAAGGCAGUCGGAUUAAAAGAAUACAGAGAAUUCAGAAUCUAGACUUGUGGGAAUUUUUUUGCAGGAAAAAGAAUCAGUUAAAGAAGAAAAGAGGUGCCUCUUUCAUCAAUGAACAUAUGUUGUUUCAUGGCACCAGUGGCGAAUUUGUGGAAGCCAUCUGCAUUCAUAACUUUGACUGGAGAAUCAAUGGCAUGCAUGCUGCUGUUUAUGGAAAAGGGACGUACUUUGCUAGGGAUGCAUCCUAUUCGAGCCGCUUCUGCAAAGACGACAUGAAGCACAGCAGUACGUUUCAGAUUCAUGGUGUUGAUCUGCAACUUCAUAUGUUCAGGAAGCAUAAAGUGAUGUUUCUUGCUCGCGUAUUGACUGGAGACUAUAUUACUGGGGACUCAAAAUACGUGAGGCCACCUUCAAAAGAUGGGAGCUUUGUAAAUCUGUAUGACAGUUGUGUGGACAACACAUGGAAUCCGAAGAUUUUUGUUGUCUUUGAUGCCAAUCAGAUCUAUCCAGAAUAUUUAAUAGAGUUCACCUGAGACUUGUGAAGGGGGGGGGCAGAUCUCUUGCAUUCCUCCCCCUCCCCUUUUUUACUUCUUGUAAAGAAAAUAAAAGUUUUUUAACAGGUAAAUGUGUAGCAGCAAGUUAAGCUGGCUCCACCCUUCACAUUAUUUAAAUUUCCAAAUACUAGGAGGAGUCUAACCCUCACUGUGGAUGCACUGCGUUACAUUCCACUGGUGAUCUUGGGGAUGAUUCUGCAAAAUAGGAAUUGAUAAUCCCAGGCAAAUGGUUUUGUUAGGUUAUUCCACAAUUGAUAAAAAAAUUAGGUAUAACAUUAAAUUGACAUACCUUACAGAGUCAGUAAUUUGUGAUUUCUUUGUAACAAAUUCCAGAGCAGUAAGUGUGUUAGUCUGUUAGAGCAAAAAUAAAAAAACAGUGUUGU